CACCCUGGGCCCGGGGAAGGGUCGGGAGAGGUCGGGAGUACCGCCGUGAGCCCGGAGCGGCGGAGGCGUCGGUGGCGUCGGGAGCGAGCGGGCCGGGGAACGGCGCGGGUGGUGGUGGAGGAGCCUGGGGCUCGAUUCUCUAACCAUGGCACAGGUAGAGAAACGGGGUGGUUUGCUCCGGAAAUCUUCAGCCUCCAAAAAACCACUGAAGGAAAAAGUAGUGCUGAUGUAUGAUGAGAUCUUCAUGACAGAGGACCCCAGUAAGUGCAGUCCUCGAUUUUGGGAGGAGCUCUUCCUCAUGAAGGUGAACUUAGAGUACCUAGAAGGCAAGCUGGAAUCUCUGGAUGGUGAGGAAUUAAUGAAGAUCAAGGACAACAUUAAUUGCUUAUUUCAACACUGCAUCCAGGCUUUGGGAGAGGAGCAUCCAAUUCGAGUUGUCAAUGCAUUGCAGACCUUGUGUGCACUCAUUCGAGGCGUCCACCAGAAGAAUAAGUCUACGUCUGGGUUUGACAUUAUUAACAUGCUGAUGGGCUUUGACAAGGCAGAGCUGUGCAUGAAGAACUUGAUGGAGAGUUUGGAUUCAUUGCUUUGUGCAGAAGGUUCUGAAAGUCUGAAGAGUUUAUGUCUGAAACUUCUCCUUUGCUUAGUGACUGUGACAGAUAACAUCAGCCAGAACACUAUUUUGGAGUAUGUAAUGAUCAACAGCAUAUUUGAAGCAAUUUUACAGAUACUUUCCCACCCCCCAAGUCGCAGGGAGCAUGGAUAUGAUGCUGUAGUCCUCUUGGCUUUGCUGGUGAACUACAGAAAAUAUGAGUCUGUGAAUCCUUAUAUUGUGAAGCUGUCUAUUGUGGAUGAUGAGGCCACGCUCAAUGGAAUGGGGCUUGUGAUUGCUCAGGCUUUAUCUGAGUAUAACAGGCAAUAUAAAGACAAGGAAGAAGAGCACCAGAGCGGUUUUUUCUCUGCUUUAACAAAUAUGGUGGGCAGCAUGUUCAUAGCAGAUGCCCAUGAGAAAAUCUCAGUACAAACCAAUGAGGCCAUCCUUCUGGCACUUUAUGAAGCUGUUCAUUUAAAUCGCAACUUCAUCACAGUGUUAGCCCAGAGUCAUCCAGAAAUGGGCCUGGUGACAACCCCUGUCAGUCCUGCUCCUACAGCCCCUGCCACACCACUUGGGACCACACCACCCUCCUCUGAUGUCAUAAGUUCUGUGGAACUCCCAUUGGAUGCUGAUGUACAGACCAGUAAUCUACUGAUAACCUUCUUAAAGUAUAGCUCGAUUGUUAUGCAGGAUACGAAAGAUGAGCACCGGCUUCACAGUGGCAAACUCUGUCUGAUCAUCCUCACGUGUAUUGCAGAGGAUCAGUAUGCAAAUGCAUUUUUGCAUGAUGACAACAUGAAUUUUCGAGUAAACUUGCAUAGAAUGCCUAUGCGACACAGGAAGAAGGCAGCAGACAAGAACCUUCCCUGCCGUCCUUUAGUAUGUGCAGUCUUGGACCUGAUGGUAGAAUUUAUUGUAACACACAUGAUGAAGGAGUUUCCUAUGGAUCUCUAUGUACGCUGCAUUCAGGUAGUACAUAAACUACUUUGCUACCAAAAGAAGUGUAGAGUACGCCUGCAUUACACCUGGCGGGAACUCUGGUCAGCCUUGAUAAAUUUGCUGAAGUUCCUUAUGUCAAACGAGACCGUACUUUUGGCCAAACACAACAUUUUUACGUUAGCCCUUAUGAUUGUGAACCUAUUUAACAUGUUUAUCACAUAUGGCGACACAUUCCUGCCCACCCCCAGCAGCUACGAUGAACUCUACUACGAGAUUAUCCGCAUGCACCAGAGCUUCGACAACCUGUAUUCCAUGGUUCUGAGGCUUUCUACCAAUGCAGGCCAGUGGAAAGAAGCAGCUAGCAAGGUGACCCACGCGUUGGUUAAUAUCAGAGCCAUCAUCAACCACUUUAACCCCAAAAUUGAAUCCUACGCUGCUGUGAAUCACAUAUCCCAACUGUCGGAGGAGCAGGUGCUAGAGGUAGUGCGAGCCAACUAUGACACCCUCACGCUGAAGCUGCAGGAUGGCCUGGACCAGUAUGAGCGCUAUUCGGAGCAGCACAAGGAAGCUGCCUUCUUCAAAGAGUUGGUUCGAUCCAUUAGCACCAACGUCCGGAGAAACCUGGCCUUCCACACACUCAGCCAGGAAGUCCUGCUCAAGGAGUUCUCCACUAUCUCCUGAGGCCACGCGUACCUGAGCAGCCACUGACUGCCCUUACCCAUGAGGCUUCUGGGCUGGAGGGGGAGUGAGGGGACGGGACAGGGGGCUGUCCCCAAGGUUGCAGAACAACACAGAUACUGAGUUCUCUCGGUGAAGGCCGCACUUCAGUGGAGCUUGGACAGCAGGGGCCAGGAGGGACAAGCCAGGGAUAAUCUUAUUGGGGGAGGGGUGGGUGGGCACAGGGAGAAGCCUUUAAGAACGUGGGGACUUCCAGGGUGGGCUCCCUGGACACCCCCUCAUAUUUCCAAUUGAGAUUACAAGUGGUGACUAAUGUCUAAUUUUCAGGAUCUGUUAGGGCAAGCAUUAGGGUGCUGCCAGCCCCCUGAGGGUCAGUGGCUCUCCUAGGCUUCUGAAAACAGACUAACUUCCGGAUGGACGUGGAACCAAUUCUGCUUCCUUUAGGCCUGGGGCUAAGCUGGGCUUGACAUUUGUAUCCCCUGCCUCCGCUGGCACUCUGUCCAAUUCUUAGGACCCUUAGCUCAGGCGUAGGAUAGGGUAGGAAUGGGGUCCCUUAUUUCUGUUUUCUAAAUCCAGAGCUGAUUCCCCUGGGAGACUGGAGAUUAGAAUCCACCCAGUUCUCUGCUGCCUGGCCACCACCUUCUGGAUUUGAUUCUUGCUACCAGGAGUACCUGUUAGCUUUCCCCUGCCUUCCAACCCAUUGACUCAUCAGCACUAUAGGGUCACAACCUCAGCUUUUCAUUUUCAAUCUGGUUUCAACUGUCUUUAGGGUGUGUGUGUGAAAUAAACAUUGACAGGUUUUUCUGGAGCCCUCAGGUGCCUACUUUGCUGGUCCUCUUUCCAGCAGCUUCCCCACCUCCCUAGCCACCCAGUGCUCUGGAAGCCUCUCCUCCCUCCCCGUGUUCCACCCCCUCACCCUGCUGUUGUUUACAUCCAGCCUGCCUGAGAAUUUCCUCUGGGGAAGAAUCUGUUCCUGCUGUGGUUUGGUGCCUGGGAGGGAGAGAACCUACUGGGGGCAGCUAUCCUCCAUCUGCAAGAGGCCAGGUGAGCAUCAUGGAGAGGCUACUGGUAUUCUGGGCGGAGCCACAGGCAAGGCUCCUGACAUUUGGGAAGUUGGCCUGUGAAUCCUCCUCUGGACAGCCUCCCUGGGACCGCUGUAGGCUUUCCUUACCCCACAGCUGCCCCUGAAGUAGCUGCUGCUCUGAGAUCCUCCCUUUCUAAAGUACUUUCUAAAGCCCGCAGGAUGGCAGGGAACAAACAGCACAGGAAGAAUCUGGAAGUGCAGGAAUCCAGCAGUGAAAGCAAGUCUGGGACCUCCCCAGCUGCUAUUCCUCUUCAACUUCAAAUCUCUUUGGGAUGCUUGCCCUCCCUGGGAACCAGAGUUCUGGCUGCAACAUUGAGCAGAUAUGCACUAUUACCAGAGAAUCUACCAACAUGCUGCCAUGUAAAGAUUCUUAUAGAGAUCAGAGGCUGGGUCCUUCUGAUCACUGGCUGGAUAGUUCAGCUUGGGGCAUUUAGUGUUUUCCACAAUGAUAAACCCUAGAGGAACUGGAGCUGGAAGCUGGUGGCAAGUUGAAAUUAUUAAAAAUUGAUUUGUAUGGGACAGUC